AUGGUAUCGCAAGGCUCGCUAACAAUGCCGUCAUUCCCGUUUGCUGCGUGUAAGCGAGUGGACCACCCUUUGCCACCCCUCGUGUUCACUGUCUCUCUCCCACUCCACCUCUCAGCACCCCGCCGCCUUCUGCCCAACCGGACCCGAGAAGUAGAGGCUAUUGGAACAUUGUCGCAUCGCGCGACAGUCCUUGCCACCAGUGGCAGCAGCGCGACGGAAUUCCGAAGCGGCCCGUCCGGCAGUGGCAGCGCCCUUCUACAGCGCGCUGCCGUACCGCACGCCGCGGAAACCGCGCCCAUCGCAUGGGGGGCAGACGCGGAGAGCUCAGGGGGAGCCACGGCCGCGGAAGGCGAGACACUCACGGCAUGGCAGCAAGGCGCCUCCGAUUCGCCUCCGCCACCGUCGGAGCAACGGCAAGAGCAGCUGGCGGCGCCCGAUCCGGCGGAAGGAGCGGCGGUUUCGACGGUAGCGGAGGGAGCGGGGGAAGAGGGGGAAGCGGGGGAAGCGAGCAGAGAAUUCAGAGUGGAGAGCGGGAAGUGGCGCGUGCGCAUGGCCGCGCGCGAGGAGAUGAAGGCGGUGGCGGACCUGCAGGCGGAAGUGUUCCAUGACCCCCCGCCCGCCCCGCUGUCCGCGCUGAACGCAUUCUUUCUAGACAUGUUCAAGGCGGAGCUCUACGAUAACCUGCUGCACAAGCUCAAAUACUCGCCGCCUGACAGGCACUGCAUUCUCGUGGCACAGCAUUCCACCCAGCCAUUUCCGCCUCCUCACCCGACCACUGAGCCACCUGCAGGGGAAACCUCCAAGAGACCGUCACCAGCAUCCACAUCAGCAGCAGCAGCAGUAGCGACAGCAGUGGAGGUGGUGGGAGUGGUGGACCUGACAGCCCUGGACGACCGCAGUGUGCUGAAGCACCUGUCAGGCGCGCAGGACUACCUGUACCUCUCGGGCAUGGCUGUGCACGCGUCCCUCAGGCGGGAGAGCAUAGCAUCGGUGCUGCUGGGAGCGGUGGAGCAGCUGUCGCUGCGGUGGGGCUUUGAGUACAUAGUGCUGCACGUGCACGAGGACAACAUAGCCGCGCGCCGCCUCUACCAGAAGGCCGGCUACCUCGCCAUCGACUGCGACAGCCGCUGGACCUCCACGCUGCUCGGCAUGCGCCGCCGGGUGCUGCUUGCUAAGAGGACAAAUGGGUACUUGAGCCGCGCUGCUGCUGCCACCGCCGCUGCUGCUGGUGUUGCGGAAAUGAGUGGUUUCGUGGAGAGUGGUGGUGCGAGUGGAGGGACAAGUUUGUGUGGUGUUGGUGGUGGGGAAUGGAGGGUGCAUGGAGUCGCUGCAUGUGCUUGUGCUUGUGGGUCGGCUUCUGCUGUGUCCAGUGAUUUGCCAUUGCCAAGGCUUGAAUGGCAGCCUUCACCAGUGUGCUCUUGA